AUGCAGAACAAAGAGGAUCAUCAAUUCAAGAAGUUUCUUAAAAUGUUUAAACAAUUGCAUGUUAAUAUUCCCUUUGUUGAUGCUUUGAUGCAAAUACCUUCUUAUGCUAAAUUUCUUGAGGAAAUUAUGGCUAAAAAGAAGAUAUUGGAAGACUAUGAGACUAUUGCUUUAAGUGAAGAAUGUAGUGUUGUAAUUCAACAAAAGCUUCCACCUAAAUUGAAAGAUCCUGGCAAUUUUUCUAUUCCUUUUAUAGUUGGUGAGAUAAAUUUUUCUAGAGAUUUAUGUGACAUAGGUGCAAGUGUCUCACUCAUGCCAUUGUCUAUUUACAAGAAGCUAGGCUUAAAUGAUUUAAAAUACACUACUGUUUCUUUGCAACUUGCUGUAGGAAGACCAUUUUUAGCUACUGCUGGUACUAUAAUUGAUGUUAAAAAUGGUAAACUAACUUUUAAAAUUGGUGAGGAGGAGGUGCAUUUCGAUUUGUCUCAAGCAACAAAACACUCUCCUGUUUCUGAUCAUGUGUUUAGAGUUAAUGAGAUAACUGAUUUAGAUAGAAAAUCAAUAGAUUUUGUUUCUGAAAAUACCCUCGAAGUAUGUCUAACAAGUGCAGGUACAACUCAAGAUGAAAAUGUAGACUUAAUAGAGAUUGCAAAUGCUAUUGAAGCAUGCCCACCUUGGAAGAAAAGAGGUAAUUCUGAAGUUUUAAAGGUAGCUAGCUUACAAUACAAACCUUACUUGGUUGGUGAGAUAGUGCAAGAGCUGGUGCCUAAAGAAGUGACUGAUUUCUUAGAAGACCCUAGCUAA